AGCUUCCGAAAGGUGGCGUAGCUCUUCGUAAAUGCGAAAGCUAUAUGGAUUAUGCCCUUCUUCACAAUCAAAGAGCAUUCAUAAAAAAGGUGGAGGAUCAUGAAGAAGAGGAAGAACAACUUUUCCAUUUAGACAACAUGAUCCAAAUUUUGGAUUUUUUCUUGAAGAAUUUGUUAAAUGUUCAUCUAAUCAAUGGAGUGUGCUGCAAUGACUACACUCUAUAUCCAUGCAACCGAGGUCAUGUUGCAUAUUAUCUUGGUUUUGGCGAGACAUAG